GCUCCGCUCUGUUGUUCCCCUCACUCAUGCGGACCCGGCCGACGCUCAUGGACUAGCUGGAGGUGUGGUGGUGGACUGUAUCGGGUUUGUCGUGGAGUGGGGGACCCAGUGGACCAUGGCUGCCAAAGAGGACCUCUACAGUAAAAUCCUCCCUCGGAGGCUCCGGCAGAACCGGCCGGGUUCAGUGAAAUGUGGCUCCAACCUGGACGUGCUGUUAUCUAUGGGCUUCCCCAGACCGAGAGCACUGAAAGCUCUGGUAUCAACAGGAGGUCGGAGUGUGCAAGCAGCAUGUGACUGGCUCUUCUCUCAUGUGGACGACCCGUUCUUGGACGACCCUCUGCCCAGGGAGUUUGUCCUCUACCUGCGUCCAAGCGGACCCCUGCAGAACCAGCUUUCACACUUCUGGCAGCAGAGCCGUGUCACAUGUGGCAAAAACAAAGCACACAACAUUUUCCCACACAUCACCCUCUGCCAGUUCUUCAUGUGUGCAGACCACAAAGUGGAAGCACUGUGCGAGGCCCUGCAGGCCUCCGUCCAGCAGUGGCGGGGUCGAUUCCCCAGCCCGUUGCCUCUGGAGCUCUACACUUCCUCCAACUUCAUCGGCCUUUUCGUGGAAGAGACGGUGGCCGAUGUCCUGAAGCAGUUUGCCGCCGACUUCACCACGGAGGCCGCCAGGAAGGCAGAGGUGCAUGUGGAGCCUCAUAAGAAGCAGCUCCAUGUAACUCUGGCCUACAACUUCCCCACCAAUCACCUGCCAUCACUGGAGAAACUGGCCAAGGGCAUUGAAGUUAAGCUGGGCUGUGAUUGGCUGGCAGUCCUGUUCUCCCGGGACAUUCGUUUUGCAAACCAUGAGACGCUGCGGGUGAUGUACCCCUACACGCCUCAGAACGAGGAUGAGCUGGAGCUGGUUCCCGGAGAUUUUGUCUUCAUGUCUCCAGUGGAUCAGAGCAGUACCAGCGAGGGCUGGGUGUACGGGACCUCGCUGGGCUCAGGGCUGUCCGGCUUGCUGCCAGAGAACUACGUCAGCCUGGCAGAUGAGUCCAACACCUGGGUGUUCCACGGCUCCCAUUCCUUCUUCAGCUGUGGGCCAAGUGACAGGAGCAGUAAGGACAGAGGGAUGUUUGACGGGCUGCUGGACAGCCGACGUCAGGAGAACAGCAGUCCUGGAGACAACCCCACCCUCAGUCUCAUCUGUCAUCCAAUGCAGGUCCUGCGGAUAAGUAGCAGUCAUUCUAGGCAGCCCAAGCGGACACUUUUCGUCUGUCGGCACGGGGAGAGGAUGGACGUAGUGUUCGGAAAACACUGGCUCAACCUCUGCUCCGACAGUAAAGGUAGAUAUGUACGCUCCAAUCUGAACAUGCCUCCCAGUUUGCCGCUGUGGGGGGGACAGAGAGAUUACGACAUGGACGCUCCCAUCACUGUGAUCGGAUCCACACAGGCUCGACUUGUGGGUGAGGCUCUGUUAGAGAGCAACACAGUGAUCGACUUUGUGUAUUGUUCUCCCUCUCUGCGAUGUGUUCAGACGGCACAGAACAUCCUGAAAGGUCUGCAGCAGGACAGUAAGCUGAAGGUGAGAGUGGAGCCGGGGCUCUUUGAGUGGACCAAGUGGGUCUCGGGGAACUCCCUGCCUGCAUGGAUCCCCCCCGCUGACCUGGCUGCAGCCCACUUCAGUGUGGACACAACAUACAGACCUCUGAUCCCAGUCAGCAAGCUCACUUUGUCCGAACCUUACGAAAACUACAUGAGCCGGAGCUACCAAGUGACCAAAGAUAUCAUGUCAGACUGCAAAAUCACUGGAAACAACGUGCUGAUUGUAGCCCACGCUUCUUCCUUAGAGGCUUGCACACGGCAGCUGCAGGGCCGCGGCCCACAGAGCGCCAAGGACUUCAUCCAAGUAGUCCGAAAGAUCCCCUACCUGGGUUUUUGUUCCUGUGAGGAGCAGGGAGACACAGGGGUUUGGCAGUUAGUGGACCCUCCCAUCCUCCCCCUCACACACGGACCAAACCACUCCUUUGACUGGAGGGAGACACUGACACAAGAAUGACAUCUAAUCUGAACUCUGUCCAACCUGAUCAUACUGUGCUCCUUCCCCUCUACUGACUGCAGGAACAAAUUUCAGACCAGUGCCGCUAAAAUACUGGAAGCUUUCUCUUUGCCGCCUCUUCACACAGCUGGUGGCUCAGCAGUGAGGCAGGAAAAAGCUUCCUGCCUGGAUAUGAAGAAAAGUCGCAGCCGAUGAAUGGUUGACCAACUGACUGAUCUUACUCGGAGGCUGAAUUAAAUAACAAUUUAACAAAUGUCCACUUACAAUAAUAACAUUAAUUUCAUUGUUAUUUUUAUUUUUGCAAGUAGAGGGAGCUUUAGUUAGUUUGGGAGUAGGGGUGUUGGCUGCACUGUGUGGGAGAACUCUCACUGAACUCCAGCUGACUUUGUCAUCCCAGUCUCAAAACAUUUUGUGAAAUAAGCACAUUUUAUAACAGAUAAUAUUGUCCCAUGUGUUGAGAAAAAUAAUUGAUUACCAACAAAAAUGCGUGGAUUUUUGUUUUUAUAAACAGACAUCUGUAUGGAUGCAGAAUCUGGAGGCAACAUGCCAAAAUGUUGUAAUUGGAAGCAUUCUGGUUUCUGUUUGUAGUCUGAGCAUUUUGAGCACUAUUGACCAAUUAUUUUUGAACGUGAUUCGCUUGCACGCAGCUAAAAUGUCUGUGAGAGUGAAAGAGGCAGAACUGCACUGCCUGCCUCCAAUUUUUGAAGUCAUCAACCAUUUUCUGAUGACAAUUUAGUUUUUAUUAAAUAAAUAAAUGCUGUUAAGUCAGCUACUUGUUAAAGAACCUGAUUGCAGAAGUCGUCUCUUGACUCCAACUUAAUUUCAAUGUCUCAAUUUGCUAACUGUACUAUCAUUUACUGAGGCCUCUCUCGAAAUCAGCAUUGGUCUCAAAGGCUAAUUCAAUUCUGAAAUAUCAGACUGAUAACCCAUGGGUUCUGUAUCUAACAUUUUAGGUACUUGUUUUUUUCAGUUAGACUUAAGAGUAUUUAUAUCUUGCAGGCUAAGUUUAUUUCGAAUAAAUAAAAUAUCUAUUUCACCAAGGCACAUUUUUUGGUUCCCUAAAUAUGAACUGGAUAACUCAAAACUCAAAUUGGUUGACUUUCCUAUACCUAGCUAACCAACAUUAAACAUUAGCUGUUAGCAGACAAGGGUACAUAUUUAAACCUGUUAGAAUGAAAUGUUUAAAUGAGGUCUUGCUAAUAUUAGCAUGACCAGGCUAACCAUGCAUUUGUUUAUUAUUUAGGUUUUAGCAUUUGAUAUUAGCCUGUCAUCAUGCAAUAAUAAUCAAACAUGUUAUGCUAACAUUAGCAUGACUAAGCUUAUGUUGCCUUCCAAUUGGGUUGUGGUUAGCAUCUUCAAGAAAAAGAUAUAUGGAUGGUUGACGUCAUUAUGUAUUUGCAUUUACUGCAUUACCUUACAUGCUUGUUAGCUUACUCAAAUGUUUCAAAGACACAUUGUUUCGAAUGAACAACUUUAACAGCAAAUGUAUUGUGUACACAUUAGGACCCCUGUCAUAACCACAAGCUCAUGAGUUCCGUCUGACUGAGCAUUAGUUCCAAUAUCUCUGAUGCUAAAUCUUGUAGCACAUGAGUUUUACUUUGGAUACUGUAAACCAUUUUGAUUCUGUAGGAUUUAAACCCCACUAAAAUCUAGAAUGUAACAGAACAAAUUAGCCUCCAAAAUGGUUUUACUGGUGUGUAAUGCAUUUUUUACAGCCUCAGUGGGUUUCAUUUCUAUGGCUGUAGACUUGGUGGUUGCAGGUAGAUCUUUAGUCCAAUGUAACUGAAAGUGUGCUUAGUUCACAAAAUGUAUUGAGAUUUUUUAAAGAGAGUGUUAUAUCAUACAGUAAAUUCCCUGCUUUCGUGUAGAGAUCCCAGCAGUAAUUCACCGUUCAUUCACCCCGCUGCUUGCCCUUCUUCAGUGAAGGAAAACAUAUCAGUGCUGGCUUCACGUCUUCAUCAGGGACUCGCCUAUUUUCGUAGCACAUCCAGUACAGCAAUGUCUUCUGUCUUUAAUGUGUUGUAUGUAAAAGGAACAACAACUAUAUAACAGCACAACCUGCACUAUUGACAAUCAUACAGCAGCUGCUUUAUUCUGUUCCGAUUUUUUUGUUUUGUAAGUUUGUUAAAUGUUCUUCAAAAUUCAGAGUAGCUGUAAGUCAUCAUAUUUUAGGGGAAAAAGUCUUCCAGUUGCAUUUUUAUUUAUUCAUCAACUCUUCAUUGUUAUAGGCAAAAAUAUUAACAGCAUGCACACUUUUUAUGCUCGGUAUCUCAGGUGUUGACUGCAUUUGAAACAUGUUCCAGUAAUUGAGUGACUGUGUUGUUGUGAGUGCCUGUUGGGAAUAAAGUGAAGUCUCCUGA